AUGGAAGAAGAACAAAACUUAGCAUUUAGUAUUCAACCUAUUGGAAAAUUAGAUGUUGAUGGUAUAAGAUUAGUUUUAAAUCAUACAGAGAUAUCAACUGAUUAUUCUGAUAAUGAAAAUACCACAACAUCACCUCAAUACUUUAAUAAUAAUAAUAAUAAUAAUAAUAAUAAUAAUAAUAAUAAUAAUAAUAAUAAUAAUAAUAAAAACACAAACAAUCGAUAUAAUGAAGAAUAUGAUAAUGAAAAUGAUGAUAAUGAUAAUUAUGAAGACGAUGACGAUGAUGAUGAAUAUUCAGAUGCAAAUAGUGAUAAUAUAUCAAACAAUAAUAAUACAACCACUUCUAAAAAACCAACAAAUAUAAUAUCACCAACAACAUCAACAUCAUCUAAUGAAACUGAGGAUUGGUUAUCAAAGAUGUCAAUGGAUAUUACAUCUGAUGGUCAAAUUAUGGUUAUUGGUGGUGGAGGUAAUGGUGCAAUUGGUACAGGCUUAGCAUUAAUUUUACAAAAGAAACAAAAUGAUCCAACAUCACAAUGGAGAACAACUAUUACAUUAGAUCAUCAAACUCAAAAUGGUACUGAUAGAAUUACUUCAAUACAAUUCGUACCAAUCAAUUCACAUAUAAUUAAUUAUGUUGUUGCUAUUGGUUAUACUUCUGGUUAUUUAAGAGUUUUUUCAAUUCAAGGUAAUUUAUUAUUAUCACAACUAUUUUAUAAUAAACCAAUUUUAAAGAUUAAAGUCAAGAAUACAAGCAUAUUACCUAUUGGUGAUAUAAUGGUACAACCAAAGUAUUUAGUGCAUGAAUUAACUUUGGUGUACCCUGAUAAUAUAGUUGUAAAUAUAUCUGGUUUAACUUUUAUUUCAGUAAUACAAGUUUGUUUAAAUCAAAGAAAUGGUGGUGGUGGUGGUGGUGGUGGAGGUGAAAACAAUUUAUCAUUUAAAAAAUGGACAUUAGGUAAUUCAGUUGAUAGAAUAAAUGAUGUUACUUUUUGUGGUCCAUUCUUAGGGUCACCAUUUAGAGCAUUACCAUAUAGUACAACAGAACAAUCUAUGAUUAGACUUGUAGGUGUUGGUAGUAACCCAAUGAUUUCAUUUUAUUAUCCAACUGAAGAUGGUGGUUCAUCAUUUUCAAUUAUGAUUUCUUCAAUAACUUCAAGAUUAACAACUGCUGUAUUUUCAUAUGCUAAAAAUUGGUGGGGUGGAAAACAAGACCAACAACAACAACAGCAACAACAACAACAACAGCAACAAAGACAACCACAUCAAGAAAAACCAGUACCUUUAGCAUUAAGAUGGGCAAUAACAGAUUUCAAAAGAGAGAUUAUUUCAAUUAAUAUUGACCCAAGUGGUAGAUAUGCAAUAAGUACUGAUAAUUUAGGUCGUGUAUUAUUAAUUGAUCUUGUAAAUAGUUUAGUUGUAAAAAUAUGGAAAGGUUAUCGUGAUUGUCAAUGUGGUUUUGUAAGUGUAGUUGAAAAUAAUAAUAAUAAUAAUAAUAACAGUGAUAAUGAAAAUAAUGAAAAUAAUGAAAAUAAUGAAAAUAAUGAAAAUAAUGAAGAUUUAGAAGAUUUUAUACCAAGAAAACUUUUAAAGAAAUCUUCAUCAACAUUACAAUCACGUACAUAUUUAGUAAUUUAUUUAGGUCGUAGAGGUAUUUUAGAGAUUUGGGGCUUAAAACAUCGUUCAAGAGAAUAUUUUAAAACUAUUGGUAAAGGUUGUAAAUUAAUUUCAACUACAACUCCCUCAAUCUUUCAAAAUCAGUCCACAUCACAAAAUUUAAGAAAUAGUGGUGGUGCAAUUAAUAUAUCUAAUAUCCCUCAAUAUAAUAUUAGUGAAGGUCAAUCUCAUUGUUUCAUACUUUAUACUGAUGGUUCAAUAAAAGAAAUUAAAUAUAAUUAUCAAUAA